CCUCGACGGCCUCCAGCACGACCCAGCCCACAGCACCGCAGGGCCCCGCAACGACCAACUUUCAGCGUGAAGGAGCUGGUCCUUACGUGCGUCUCGUGUUCCCUCUUCGUCCUCCUGACCGUGGUGGCGCUGGCGUUCUUCUGCAGCCGCGUCAGGAGGCGGAGGAGGCGCAGGACUCGAGCCAAGGACUCCCUGUCGGUGGUGUCGCUGCCGACCCUGGAGGCCAAGGAGGAGGAGGUCUCUUGCGACGAUAAGAUGUGGGUGACGGUGACCGUGCGGGAUUUCAGUCCUCGCUCCGACAGCCUCGACGUCACCGGCGGCGGCGGGCGAGGGCGCGACGCGAGGAUUCUGACGGUGUCUGAGCGGGGCUACAGCAAGCGGUCCUCCAUGCCCGAGGCCUCCAGGGAAGGCCUGAGUGCCAGCCUACAAGGAGCGAAUCAGCAACUGAACAAGUCGGUUCACUGCCUCCCCGCCCUGCCUCCGUCUCAGCUUCUUCCGACCAUCCGCAACAACAUUCACAGCUACAGGCGUGUCUCGGCCUCGAACCUUCAGCAAGGAAGCCCCAGGAACAUGCACGCCGACGGAUCUGAUCUGCUGACACCACCGGGGGCGCCAAGGAUUGUCUUUUCGAAGCCGCGGUCCCAUGAGUCGCUCCAGGAAGACCUGCGGACGAUUGACUCUCGCUUCCACUUCCUGAACGAGAGCGAGGCCGGCGAGGACCGCAGCCCCGGCUCCUUCUCCACCUUCGGCAAGUGAGGGACGACGGGUGGGCAGCGCCGUCGAGUGGGUCAGACAGCCUUGAUAAGUGUCCUUGCAGUCACACGACCUUGAAUAACAAAAUUAGGGUUAUGAAAAUCAGAGAGAGAAAAAAGAAAAGCCAGAAAGAUAGACUGAAUAUCUUCUGUCAAAAUACAACAAACUGGUAAAUUACCCCCUCCUUUCCUUACAAAAACAGGUAGAUGAUAUAGGCGCCAUAUAUACGUUUUCCUUCAGCUUACUAUAAUUAUUUCUUUUAUGGAGUGUACACAUGUGUAUUUCUUUGUGAUUAUUAGGAAAUGAUAAAACUGUUUAUAUCAUAUACUAAAUGCUCUUGAAAUUAGAAAUGUGUUUGUGGUUGAGCAUCUCUAUCGAUUUAUACUAGAAAAUGACUUGAAAAAGGAAAAUCCACUGAAGAAAAAACGUGUAUGA